AUGGUGGGUGACAGCCCGAGGAAGAUUGUUAUGUGGAAGGAGGUGGUGAGGAACGUGCGCAACAGACUAAAUGAAUGGAGAGGGAGGCAUUUGUCUAUUGGUGGUAGGGUGGUUUUACUUAACUCUGUUAUUUACGCUAUCCCGCUGUAUUCUUUGUCAUUCUACAGGGCCCCUAGAAAGGUGAUCAAAGAGUUUAUUGGAAUCCAAAGGAGGUUCUUAUGGAGGGGAGUGGAAGGGGGGCAAUGCGUAAACUGGGUAAGUUGGAAAGUCGUGGGUAAAUCUAGAGAAGAGGGUGGCCUUGGUAUAAGAGACAUCGAUAGUAUGAAUGUGUCGUUAGUAAUGAAGUGGAAGUGGCGGAUUCUUAUGGAGGAUAAUGCGGUGUGGUGCGACCUUUUAAGAUAUAGGUGGUGCGGGGAGCAGGCUUUAUCGGAGACAUAUCCUGAGUUGUAUGCAAGAGCAACAACCCCUUUUAUGUCAGUUGCUGAUGUAGAGCACUGGGAGGAAGAAGAAUGGACUUGGGUUGCACAGCACUGGUUCAGCAUUGACGACGACAAAGAUCAGUUUCUAAUUAUGGAUCUGUUAGAUCAUAUUUCCAACAUUCAAUUGGUGCAGGGUGAGCGAUAUAUUGUCGUUUGGGCCGCUAACGAAAAUGAGGGGUUCUCGGUGAAAUCGUGUGCUAUAGCCGUAAGAAGUAGAAUGGAAAUUUUUAAUGGUGGAGAGGAUAAUUUGAAUAAAUUGAAGUUUUUGUGGAAGAUUGAGGCUCCCUCAAAGGUUAAGAUUUUUGUUUGGAGACUCGUUUUGGACAGAAACCCGACGAGACAACAGCUGAAGUAG